AUAAAGUCGUAUGUCGUUAAAUAAUGCUUAGUUUAACGUCACAUCAGUGUUUCCAGCAUUGUUCUCAGUGAUUUUGAAAAUAAUUGCUGUAAUCUUGAAUGAAAGGGAGAUAUACAACGUCGUGUGGUUGAUUGGAUUUCGGUGCAUUUGGGGCCGCAAUCUUUGGAACAAAUCUAGAAAACAGACAAUCAUUUCUUUACGACCGUGCAAGACGAAAACAAAGCAUGAAAAAAAUCAAAUCUCUGGGAUUCAUAAAACCGAACGUAAGGGAUAUAAUGAGCCAAUAAGUAAAGGUAUCUACUAUAUUCCAGAUGAGUGCAAGAAGAACAUAUUUUUAGUGCCAAAGGGAUCGUAAAGUAAGAAUAAGACAAAGAUAUAAGUACGAAAGAACUCAUUGUCAAGCAAGAUCUCUCUACGACUGUCUAGUGAGUAAAUAAUGAACAUCACGAAUACCACCGAGGUUCUCCAAGGGAUACAACCCUUUACGCCGAGCGGUGAAAACAUCGCUGCUGCUUUCUUUGUCAGCUUACUGAUUAUCAUGACUUUGGUUGGCAAUGGUCUAGUAUUUGCGAGUUUUUAUAUGUUCACAGACUUGAGGACGAUUUGCAACUACUUCAUCGUGAGUUUGAGUUUAGCAGACAUUCUCGUGGCUCUCUUAGCCAUGCCGUUUUGGUUGCAAAUUCAACUGUCAUCGAACAGAUGGGUUUUAUCAAAGGGUUUGAAAAUGUUCUGGGAUUGCAUUGAUAUUCUUGGAGGGACUGCAUCGAUCACGAACUUAACCGCCGUUAGCGUUGACCGCAUGCUGGCUAUUACCGUACCGUUUAAAUACCCUAAACUUGUUACGUCCAGAAGAGCUUUGGUCGUUAUCGCUUGUGUCUGGAUCUACGCUAUCUCUGUGUCGUGCGCGCGUACAGCGCAAUGGCCUGGUCGUAGCUUCCUCAUCUUCGUUUCCGUCGUCUGCUUCUUUCUUCCUCUUUCCAUCGUCAUUCUCAUGUACAUGAUUAUUUUCUUCGUGGUUCGUACUCAGGUCAAGAGAAUCGGCAAGAACCAUGCCAAUGAGAUGAAAGCAGCCAAGACCAUAGCCGUGGUUAUUGGUGGGUUUUUGGUUUGUUGGCUGCCAUUCUUCACUGUCAUUCUUGGCCAUGCCUUCAGUACGACAUUCCGACCACCCUUCGCUCUAUUCAACGUGAUCAAAUGGCUCGCGUACUUCAAUUCCUGCCUCAACCCCAUCAUCUAUACCUGCAUGAAUCGUACAUAUAGGAGAGCAUUCAAGAGGCUUUUCAGACGAUGCUACUUCAAACUGUACCCUUCAGGAGAAGGGAAUACGGUGCUCAGUCAAUACCUCAGUCAGGGACCCAGGGGAUCACUAUUGACCACAGUGUAUGAUCAUCAUGACAGCAGCGGCCAUCAACACGACCAUAACAAACAGGGUAAACUAUAACUAUCGAACUCUACCCCGAGGAUAGAGAUGCUACUUCAAACUGUACCCUUCAGAAGAAGAGAAUACGGUGCUCAGUCAAUACCUCAGUCAAGGACCCAGGGGAUCACUAUUGACCACUAGAUUAUAUGAUCAUCAUGACAGCAACGGCCAUCAACAUGACCAUAACAAACAGAAUAAACUAUAACUAUCGAACUCAUCCUCAGGGAAGCGAUGCGGCAAGUGGUAGUGAAGCCGUAUAUACAUUCAGGUGAUCACUUCUGACCACUAAAGUCUACGAUCUACAGAACUUCGAACUCUGCUACCCAACCACAUCCCCCCAGGAAAACGACACGAUACUCGAAGUCAGUACAUCAGCCAAGGAGGACACUACUGUAGGACCAAUACGAUCUAUCGUCACAUCAACACCACCAUCAUAAAGAAAUACAUAAACUUUUAUUAUCUAUGUUGGAACAAACCGACAAACCGAGCAAGUGAAGAAAGUAAAAAAGUGCUACUCUCUCGCGUGACCGCAAAGAACGAAUUUAUUGCUUGAACGAUUUUUAAUUGUGAUGAUUAAAAAUAGCUUCAAUAUUAUUGUCAUCCGAUAAAAGAAAUGGGGAUUGAAAAUUCGCAUAUAGAUACAAAAAAUCGUGAUGAUGAAAGAUGAAAGAUAGUGCAAGGUGAUUAAUAGACGAUAAGAGCCGCACAGGAUUAAUGUGUACGGUUCAUAUAGAACUACAUGAGAAAACACUGCACCAAGAACAUGAUGACUACAUGAACAUAUUUGCGAAGUUAUGAAUGAUAAAAURCCAAAACUGCCAUUAGUAUAUUGUUAAAGCACUCUGCGCGUCGGUGGUGCGUAAAACAACAAAGUACGCUUCUACGGUAAAUUAGAGUUAGCUGACGUAGAAAGCAUGAUAAAGAAUGUACCAGACGCCUCAGUUCUCACACACCACUUCAACCAAUCAUUUUAGAAAAUCCAAAGGAAAUAAGAUAGACAUGACUCUAUGCAUGCAAUUCUUCACCUCAUCGCAUCCACACGAAUUGAAGUUUUGGAUAAAUAUUAAUGCUCGAUAUAUUUAUAUUUAAAUGGAAUUUAAACCAGAAGAAGACACAGAAAGAUGGUAUUUUGAGUCGUGCAGUAAGGCGUCGAAAACAAAUUACUCCUACUCUUGCAUUAGCACAAUUUAACUAUUAAAACAAUGAUUACUAUCUCGAUGACAAGUAUCAUUAACUGUGAGGAAAUAAGUGGUGCUGUGCUGUUAAUAAAUAAGGUGAAUAGUCAAGUGCGUCAAAUCGUGACGAAAUCGUAUUUUGAUCCAGAGGAUUUCAAAAUUUCAAAUCAAUGAACACUGAGGAGUAUUUGAUAUGCAUUUGGAUGGUGAUAAAUAUCGAGUGUUCAAGUCACUUGCCACAAGAGUGUUGUAUUCAAGCCAGAGAACUCCUAGACAAUAAACAUGAGUAUUUAUAGCGGUCUAGUUCUCAUUCACUGCACAGCGUCAACUCAUAAACACGUAACAGCCAACUAAUGCGCAAAAAGCCAAAAACUUACGAUGACUCGAUAAGACACUAACCCUAAUGAUUUUUCAUAUCUAAUCUUCUACGAUCCUUUUCAAAAUCUCUUUUCAUACUCAAAUGUUAGAACUUUGAGAAUACAAAACAAUAGUGAAAAUUAGCAUAACAAAAACAGCUACUGAAAUGGGUUACGGAAAUAUACGUAUAGAGGCUUUGCACCAACACACCAACACGCGAUGGCAGCCACGACAGGAGGCACAACAAUAAGGUAUCUUUCCCCUGGGAAACUAAAUUUUUUCUCAUGUAGAUCAGAUUAUGCCGUAUUCAAUUGUUCCUGCCUCCUGUCAUGGCUGCCAUCACGUGAUGGUGCAAAGCCCCUCUAUAGAACGUCAUAAUGCUUGAGCCGUAUUCACUAUCCUUACUAUCCAGAACAUUUGAUACUAUAUUUAAAGGUAACUAUCAGAACAGUUGAUUCUAGACUGAAAGAUAACAAGUUUUAAUAGGGACUCAACAAACAAACAAAGUCAGGUCCCAGGACUGAUAUGCCUGACGUGUAAAUAUGCACGCACAGGUGCUUUGGACAGCGCCUUCUUGGAUAUCAUAUCGAUGUAUAUAAAAGAAUAUAGGGAGGUAAAGACUAUAAACUAGAGCACUGUGUAAUGUAAAAGGCACUACAUGGCUGGGCAGGGCAGGGUAGGGGGACUUAAGCCCUUAAGCCAGUUACAGGGUGUGUGGGGUGGGGAUAAGCAUCCCCUCCCCUCCCCCCUUCGUUUUCAAAAAAUCUUUUGGGUUUUUAACCUGGAUAUUGAUGAAAACAAAAUAAAGCAACUAAAAAUCGGUUUGAGACUAAAGGUAAAUACAGCUUAAUCCUUAAA